AGAGAGAUCUUUUUAUUGCUACGAAAGACAAGGUCGCCAAAGAGAACCGCCGAAAAAGACUAGAAAAAAAUGGCUACGUUUUUGGUGCCCAUACGCAAGCAGAUUCAGUCCGCAAUAAAAACAAAAGGAUACCGAAGACCAAGAGGAGCUUCACGGAGGAGAAUAGGAUAAAGGGCUAUAAACUAGGCGGCUCCUGUGCGGCUCCAGAUCAUACGCUAAUCAAAGAAUUGCUCCGCU